AUGGAAGGCACACCGCCGCUCACUACUGCCGCGGAUCUUGAGCUGCGUGCUGCAAGGGUAGCUGACCCCGGAAUAGAUUUAAAGACCAAACACAAUGUUGCUUGUGAACUUAGGGAGUUGAUUGAUGUUGUCAGGGAAUCUGAGUUGGCCCGUGUCAUUCCCCAUAUGGUUCCCGUUCUGCUGGACAUUCUUAGGUCCGGUGAAGCGGCCUACCACAAGGAUGGUCUAGAGUACCUGUUCAGGCGCUGUCUCAUUGACAUCCUCCAUCGAAUUCCUUCUCAAGAGGCUGUUCGUCCUCACGCUCUUACUCUCUUCCACGGUAUGCUCUAUCUUCUUCGUCAUGAUAACGAAGAGAACGGUAUGAUUUGCUGCAAAAUAAUCAUCGACAUUGUUCGUUCGUACAGGUCAAUGAACGAGGAGCUUGUCUCGGAACUGACAGCAGUGAUUCAAGAAGUCCUUCAGGGUACCGAAGGUCUUGUUCAGGAGACACUUUCCGAGAACUCUGCACCCAUGGACCCGAAUAUUGCGCUCCCUGCGCGACGUAGUUUUAAAGUGCUUAUGGAAGUGGCUACAAUCAUUGUUCCACUUUUGCAGAGUAAUCGUGCAUUGGCACUUCCAGCUCUGCAGAAAAUAUUGCCGUUAAACUUCGUGAUUCUCUCACUCGAAUCUCCCGCUCAGAAGCAAGACAGAGAGAACCACGAAGCAAUGGGAAAUAUUCUAGUUGGCAUGUCAUCAGCCAUCAAAAACCCUUCAGCUUUUUCAGAUUUCAUCGUGGCUCAGAUCAAGAUGAUAUCAUAUCUUGCGUUCGUCCUUCGUAGCCUUGGCGAGCACCCUGACUCGGAUGGCGAGAAGCUUAUUCGGAACGUGGUUCGUCUCCUUCAAGAUUGCCCGCCCACGGCCGUGGGUGCCAGAAAAGAUCUCCUAGUGGUCCUCAGACACGUCGCAAAUUUACCGCAAAGACGUGCGUUAGUGCACUAUAUUGACAAGUUAACCGAUGAACGAGUGCUGUUGGGCACAGGGCUGGGAUGCAGGGAAGCAAUAAGACAGCAUGCAAUGACGUGUUUUUACGAACUCCUUCAACAUAUUCGCCAUGACAUGUCGGCUGCGCAACUUACACGGGUCUGCCAUGUGCAUCUGCGCUAUCUGCACGACCCGCGUCUCGCUCUUCAGCUACAAUUGCUGUCUGCUAAAACGGUUUUCAGCUUGUUGGAGGCCAUCGUCACCAAGGAUACUCAACAAGGUGCCGCACGCACUCUUCGAACUACCCUGGAUGCAUUCGUGGAUAAGCUUGAUUCGAUGGCGGACAUCCAAGCCGAUGUCUCAGCCAGAGUGGACAAGAUCAAGAACGAGGAGAAGGAAGUGCUCGAUUUCUCUCUGAUCGAGAAAGCUCGACCCAUUGGUGCCGCUACAUAUGCACUGGAGAAGCCGGACGAUAUCUUUAACGAUUAUCGUCCUGUUGUACCAACGCUUGUGCAGGGCGUGAGGGCUCUCCUUAUCGCGUUAAAGAAGUGUGAUGCUUCUAUUCCCGACGGCACUAUCAUUUCCCGCCUCUUCGAAAGCGCUGUGCGUUGCAUCACUCUAUUGAACGGGGACCAACGGAUUGCUGUCGAAGCGAUGGAGCUGCUCGCUAAUACUCUGAUCGAGGUCAAUUUGCAUGUCUUUCAGGAGGUGUGGACGCAGAAGAUUGGAUUCUUUGUUGAAUGCGCCGAGAAGCGUCCGGUUUUGAUGAAUCUAGCUCACUCACUCUUUACCCGAGAAGUCAGCUCCCCAACUCUUGUCGCCAUCGUCCUCCGUUUCCUCGUGAAUCGGCUACCUCAACUAGGAGACUAUGACGAUCAGAAUGCGGCUGUUGCAAUUCGGAUGUUUAAGAUGGCGUUCACCGCAGUCGCUGUGCAUCCUCAAGUUAACGAGCCUCUCCUUGCUGCCCACUUAGGGAAACUCAUCAUGGACUGUUUCCCGCUGGCUGCGAAAGCCAAGAAGCCGAUCAACUACUUUCAUCUUCUGCGACUACUGUUUCGGGCAAUCGGUGGCGGAGGCGGGCGGUUUGAACUGUUGUACAAGGAAGUCUUGCCCCUGCUCCCCGAAAUGUUAGAUUGUCUUAAUCGCCAGCUCAUUGCUUCCGAUGGUCUGAUACGGGAUAUGAUCGUCGAGUUAUGUCUCACUGUCCCUUUGCGACUAACACAUCUCCUACCGUAUCUUUCAUAUCUAAUGCAGCCGUUAGUGUUGGCACUACGAGGCAACCCAGAGUUGGUAUCGCAAGGCCUUCGCACUCUAGAGCUAUGUAUCGACAAUUUGACCCCGGAUUUCCUGGACCCGACGCUGAAUACCGUGCUCAGAGAUCUGAUGGAGGCAUUGCAUAGUCAUCUGAAGCCUAUUCCCGCGAACCACCAGCAUGCGCAUACCACCAUACGCAUUCUAGGGAAGUUGGGAGGCAGGAACCGGCGUCUCCUCGACAAGGAACCUGCACUCAAAUACCGUGAUUACUCCGAGUUAGCAAAAACGCGCGUAUCAUUUGGAGGGGUCAUCCAAUCCAUUGAGCUCGCUCCUACGUCUAUUUUAGCGGCAACUAUCAUAUCUACUGGGAAGGGAGGGUCAUCGUAUCGUACAAACGCGUACGAAUAUCUUGAGACUUGCUUGAACUUGCUUCUCCAUGAGGGUGUACGAGGACGCGACCGAGAAGAAGUCUUCCUUCGAUGUCUAGAAGGAUCGUUCGAUGCACUCCAUUUACCUGAACUGCAGGAGAGGGCCGAAAAGAACAUACAGGCUAUCUCCCGAUCCAUCCUGUCCUCUGAAGUCCGUAGGGCUACGUCUAAGGACGUUGUCACCCGCAGACUUCCGAGUAAAGUCUUGAUUUGCUACCUGGAUGGCUUGGCGUAUGGUUUGUCACGCGAAAAUCCUACUGAAGCCGCGAAGGUGCUGGAACUCGCUAGGACCUUUCUACAGGAGCUAGUGGGAAUGGCGGAUGCACUUGACAUCACCCCACAAGACAUCAUUCCUACACUUACCCAGAUCGCUUCCAGAUUCAAUGCCCUCUGUUUGGAAGAUUCGUGGGUGCGCAGAACUGCUGGGUGCAACAGCGUCGGGAUCAUGACGCAAAUAUCCGGACUAGGGGUCAAAUGGGUAGCGGAUCGUGAGGUUGAUCUUGUUAAAGUGCUACUGGUUUUCCUGAAAGACAUGCCCUACGACCUUCCUCGGGACGUGGACAGGGUUGUUGACGUGAUCAUGCGAAUCAUUCGUGUGAGUAACCAGGAUUUGGCUUCUGUUAGCGACGACGUGCUCUUCGGGCGAAGCAAGAUGGUUCAUUUGAUCGGGACAUUGUUUGCAGAGCUUGCCAGUUCGAGUGCCAUAGUACGCAGAGCGGCCCAGCAAUGUCUUCAACUACUGGCGGACUUAGCAAACAAGACACCUGCAGAGCUUUUGAGACCCUAUCGCGAGCGGAUGCUGAGCAAUCUCUAUACGAAGCCACUAAGAGCUCUUCCAUUCUCCAUUCAGAUCGGAAUUGUCGAGGCGCUUCGCUACUGCAUUAGCCUCAAUCCUCCUCUACCAGAACUCAACGAAGAACUGAUGCGAUUACUUCACGAGACACUCGCUUUAGCCGACGCUGACGAUAUGGCAUUGAUUGGUCGCAGCAAUCCCCGCCAAUCUAGCCUUGAAAUCGUCAAACUUCGUGUCGCAUGUAUCAAAUUAUUGACAGCUUCCAUGCCCCUCACGGAUUUCUUCGUGAAACAGCUCCAAACUCGUCAGAAAGUAACGAGUGUGUACUUUAAGUCCCUUUACUCGCCUAAUCAAGAAGUCAAAGAUGUUGCUCAUGAAGGUCUGCGUAUGGUCCUCACACAUCAGAAUCGACUGCCCAGGGAACUCCUCCAAUCUGGCUUGCGCCCAAUUUUAAUGAACCUGGCGGAUCCGAAACGUUUGUCUAUACCUGGGCUAGAAGGUCUUGCCAAGUUGUUGGAGCUCCUUACAAACUACUUCAAAGUUGAGAUUGGCCAUAAAUUACUUGACCACUUUCGUGUGGUUGCGGACCCCCAAAUGUUGCAAGCAUCGUCCAGGCUGCCGUUGUUAGAGAACGAGGGGAUCACCAAACUUGUCCGAUUGGCCAACAUCUUCCAUUUACUUCCAUCCGCCGCCAAUAUCUUCCUUGAGAACCUUGUUAAUGCAAUAGUUCAGACGGAGGCGCAGAUGCACUUUUCGGCACAGAGCCCAUUUUCUGAACCAUUGGCCAAGUAUUUGGAUCGGUAUCCUAUCGAUGCUGUAGAUUUUUUCAUGCGACAUUUACAUUUCCCAAGGCAUGUACGGACGCUCAGGAGUAUUCUGCAAGCCAAGUUGGCGUCGAACUUGCUUCGCGAGCUUGCUUCCCGGACAAUGACAAUCGUCACGCAGUGCUUCGAGGGAAGCAAUGCAAGUCUGGUUUUGCCUGGUUUACUCAUAUGCUCGGACUUAGCAAAUCUUAUUCCCGGGUGGCUUGCAGAGAACCCUCGCGUCGUGGAUGCAUUGCUUGACUUGUGGACGAUCGAGCCCUCUGCGGUAGACUCGUCUAGUCUGCCUCUAGGAGAUAUCCCGCACAGAUAUCUUCUCAUGGCUUCCAUUUUUAUGAAGGCCUUGCAGCAGACGCCACGUAUUGACUUGCUUUUUACCAUUAUUGCGAUAUUCUCCCGAGACUUACCUGUCGACAUGGUCCAUAUUGCACAGUUCUUAUAUCGUCACGUCGCCUUCAAUGAUAAUCUUCCAUUCCGUCGGAAUAUCCUCCUGCGCUUUUUCAUGUGGUUCAGACACACAUCCGUGCCCUGGUCCCAUAAAACUCAUUUCUUGCAGUUCAUUUUCACGCCCACAAUCCUCAUCCAUUCCUCGCAAUCUGACACCAAGCUUGGUCUUCUGGACGAAUACAUUGUGAAACAGAUUCAUUCCUACAUUUGGCAGCCCAUGAUCGACGAUGUCGCAUUUUCCCAAGCGGACGACAUGUUCAAGGUCGAGCUACUUCAUAUGACUACUGUCAUGGUUCAUCGAUACCCCGAACUCCUGCAGGAAGCCAAGAAGGACAUCAUUCGCUGCGCCUGGCAUUAUAUCACGAGUGACGAUACAAUCGUCAAGCAGACGGCAUACCUGCUUGCCGCGCGAUUCUUCGAGGCCUUCGAGGGUCCACAAAAGUUCCACUUGCGUGUCUGGACGGGACUGCUAAAGCCACCUCAUGUGGAAGGUCGGGCAAUAUACCGUCAAGCACUAGAUAUAAUUGCUCCUGUCCUCCUUCGAUCGCAGUCCAUGGAUUCCGGCUUUCCCCAAUGGGCCAAGACAACAAGGAGAUUGUUAGCAGAGGAAGGCACCGGAUGGCAUCAAGUCGCCUUAAUAUACCAGUUGAUUGUACGCCAAGCCUCGCUUUUCUUCCCUGUUCGCGCCCUUUUCGUACCGCACAUCGUCAAUUAUAUCCCGAAGCUGGGGUUGUCGAACAACGCCACACACGAGUCGCGUAGCCUGUCGAUAGAUAUUCUACAGGUCAUUUUUGAUUGGGAGCAAAAAGCAACGAGCCCUCAACUCGGCGACACUACUCUAGAAGUCUCUGCCACCGAUGAGACUUCGCCCGGAAGUCCAUGGGUAACGCCGCUGCCCUUUCGCGAAAGCAUCGUGAGCUACUUGGUGCGCCUUUCUACGCUCCCUCAAGAUGCCCAGUCGCGCGGCAGUCAGAUUGCAUCUCGCGCACUCUCCUUACUACGUUUGAUAGUCAGUCCUACGGGGUGGAAUGAGGUAACUUUCAAGCUACAUUUCUUCUCUCGCACACUCGAGCAGAAUGAUUUCAAGGCAGAUGCUGCUGCACUCAACCAAGCACAGAGCUCUGCCAAGGUCUUGCAGGUCAUUUCUGCAGACAAGAGUGAUUUAUGGUUCAGUGCCAAUUCCGCAAUUCUGACGAAGCUGGUGAAAAAAGGCAUCAUCGGUGACGACCCCACUCUACAAGACGCACUUCUACCUGUUCUCGAUCGUCUUGUCCGCCUGUACCCAUUACCCAAGGAAGACGAAGACCAACAAUCGGAAGCGUCAGAUUUUCAUGCUUUCAUAUAUUCAUCUAUCGGCGAAAAUCUACGAAAUGCGGACGAAUUAAGGACCAAUGCGACAGGCGUCUUACGCGGGAGUCUGUUAAUAUUGAAGUCCGUCGUGCAAGUAUCGCCAGAACGAAUUGACCCGUUCAGUGCACAGUUCAUGAAGCUCUUGAGUAGGCUAGCGAAAGACCAUAUUCAAUCAUCACCGUCGACCUCUGGAUUUGAGGAGAAUGUUCGACUCAUCACGCUCAUGCUGGAGAUAUCUCAAACUGCCGUCGGAUACUUAGGCGAGCAACGGAAAUGGCUCCUGAGUGCGCUUAUGGCGCUGGUGGAGAAGUCGAAAAGUGGAAGUCUAUGCCGAUACAUGCUCGACAUUGCUCGUGAUUGGGCGAUGAAUAAACGUGACCCAUACCCUACCAUGAAGGAGAAAGCGGGACUGCUCCAGAAGAUGGCUAGUUUCGAGAUGCGAGGAGAGCGAGGAGAGCCCCUGUUUAACAGUUACUUGGAGCUCAUAUACGACAUCUACACAGAUCCUAGCUUGCGUCGAACAGAUCUAACAACACGGCUAGAGCAGCCAUUCCUCUUGGGAUGUCGUGCGACAGAUUCGACCAUACGUGAACGCUUCAUGGACCUCAUGGACGUCAGCAUACCACGCUCACUCUUCAGUCGGCUCAUCUACGUCUUUGGUGUUCAGAGCUGGGAAGCCUUGGCCGACCACAACUGGCUGUUCUUGGCGUUGUAUUUACUGCUUGGAUCUGUCGACACUGAAUGUGCAUACAUGCCGGACCGCAAGGGCUCUCUGGAAACAUCUCUCGUCACUCCUCCUCUCGAAUUGGGCCUAAUGAGAAGCAUGAUUCAGCCCAUGCAACGUCUUCUGUUCCUUGAUUCUCAGAUUGCCCACGAUGUAUGGGUGGCUGUGUUUCCCGCAGCAUGGGCAUGUCUCUCGAGGCGAGAGCAGAUUGAGAUAACCCACCAUAUUAUCGCACUGCUCAGUAAGGAUUACCAUAUCAAACAGGCCGAAAUGAGACCAAACGUCAUACAGACGCUCCUUAGCGGUAUACAAGCCUGCUCGCCGCCUAUUAGCCUGCCUCCGCAUCUCGUCAAAUAUCUUGCAAAGACAUUCGGUGCGUGGUAUGUGGCUGCUGAAAUUCUAAACACAUCCCUUUUGCACGUUCGCGAGGACGAGGCCCUCGUCCGUGAUACCAUCUACGAUUCGCUCGCCGAACUCUAUGCCGAACUCGCCGAAGAUGAUAUCUUUUAUGGGCUCUGGCGUCGCCGAAGCUUGUACGCUGAGACGAAUGUUGGCAUUGCGUUCGAGCAGUGUGGCAUGUGGGAACAAGCCUCCAGUACUUACGAGAUCGCUCAAAGCCGGACACGCGCGGGAAAUCUCCCUUUCUCUGAAGCCGAAUUUUGUCUCUGGGAAGAUCACUGGAUGCUGUCGGCGGAGAAAUUACAGCAAUGGGACCUACUAUACGACGUCGCCCGUGGCGAGGGUAACCAAGAGCUGGUGCUUGAAAGCGCUUGGAGAACUAAAGAUUGGUCCGAAACCAGUCAUCAAGGUGGACUAGAGGAACAGAUAUCUCAGCUAGCAGAGGUAGCAACUCCACGUCGGCGAAUUUUCGAAGCAUUUAUGGCUCUGCUAAAAAAUCAGAAUAGCGAAUUUACAAGGAUUCUCGAAGACGCAAUGCAGCUGUCCCUCCGUAAAUGGGUUAGCCUGCCUUCGAAUCUGACAUCCGCUCAUAUUCCGCUGUUGCAACAUUUCCAGCAAUUCGUAGAGUUGCAAGAGGCUGUCCAGAUAUUUGGUUCACUGUCCGCCACUAAUGCGCAGAAUCUAGAGAAGAGGUCCUCAGACUUAAAGAUGGUAUUGCAGGCUUGGAGGGAACGCUUGCCAAACAUCUGCGAUGACAUUAGCGUAUGGAGCGACUUGGUAGCUUGGCGGCAGAACGUCUUCAAUGCUAUCAACAAAGCGUACAUACCCCUUAUUGCCGCUUCUGGCCAGGGGGGCACCGCUAGCAGCAGUUCGCCGACCUUUGGGUAUCGAGGGUAUCAUGAGACGGCUUGGAUCAUCAACCGUUUCGCGCAUGUCGCACGCAAACAUGACUUACUCGACGUCUGUUUCAAUUCCCUCAACAAAAUUUACACUCUCCCCAACAUCGAAAUCUCGGAGGCGUUCCUGAAGUUGAGAGAACAAGCUCGUUGUCAUUAUCAGAAACCAGGAGAUCUUCAAGCAGGGCUAGAAGUGAUCAACAAUACUAAUUUGAUCUACUUCUCCAUUUCGCAGAAAGCCGAAUUUUAUACUCUGAAGGGGAUGUUUCACGCUAAAUUUGGUCGCAACGAUGAAGCCAGCCAUGCGUUCGGUCAGGCUGUCCAAUUGGAUAUGUUACAAGCGAAGGCGUGGGCUGCGUGGGGACGCUACAGUGAUCAAAUGUUCAAAGAGUUCCCCAAUGAUGUUUCUCAUGCUGCCAACGCCGUGAGCUGCUAUCUACAGGCUGCUGGGCUAUACAAGAAUCAGAAAUGUCGUCCACUGCUCACUCGCAUCUUAUGGCUCCUGAGCGUAGAUGACGGGAAUUUCACAGUUUCUCGCGCUUUUGACACGUACAAGGGCGAUGCCGCAUUCUGGUAUUGGAUAGCUUUAAUCCCGCAACUAUGCUUGUCAAUGUCGAAUAGAGAAAUGAGGCAGGCGCGGUCGAUCUUACUCAAUUUGGCGAAGCUCUAUCCUCAGGCUCUUUUCUUCAACCUACGAAGUACGCGAGAAGAGAUGGCCCUUGCGAAGCGCCAGGCUGCAGCUACCCAGCGCGCCACGAAUUCCGGGCAACCCCUUGGAUCCGCAUCCCAAGGGAUUUCUUUGGAUAUCUUGAAGAAAUCAGACUCAGACCAUCUGCCACAAGAUUCUGUCACAGAAAAUAACGCUGAUAUCAAGCUGGAUCCAGUACCAACUGAGAAUACUCUGCAAGCUGGCAUGGCCGCAGCGCCACGUCCGUUGAAUGGCAACGGACAGGCAGCUACACGGCCCUCAGUUCUGGGAACGGAUACUAAUCCUUCACAUCCCGCACGCCAGGCAUGGGAAGGUGUCGACGAAGUCGUUCAGAUACUAAAAACAGCAUUUCCUCUGCUAAUUUUGAGCAUGGAGUCCAUGGUUGAACAAAUUGGUUCGAAGUUCAAAGCGUCAUCGGAGGAGGAAGUCUAUCGACUUGUCUGCGUGCUUCUUCAAGAAGCAGUACAGCAAUUUGCAGCACGAGUAGGAUCUGAAGACGAUGGCCCGCUGCCACCUCAAACGAGCAGCAACCUCAGUCGACUCGCGCAGAACAUGUUAGGUUCCACUCGUAAGGAAUAUGAAGAAGAUUUUCUCAAAGAAAAACUCUCGCUCAACGAGUACAUCAAGCGUCUCCAGCAAUGGAGGGACAAGCAUGAACGUUUCCUUGAUGCUAGACCGCGUUUUCAGACCCUUGACUUGCUUAGCCAUUCCCUCAUGGAAUUCCAGUAUGGCCGAUUCGACGACAUUGAAGUCCCGGGCCAAUACACUGAGGAUAAAGAUAGCAACCAGAAUUUCGCGAGGAUCUCCAAAUUUGGUUCGAAGCUAGAGAAUUGUCGCUCGCAUGGAUAUUGCUGGAGGCGAUUCACUAUUCAUGGCCAUGAUCACUCCAAGACUUCCUUCGCGGUUCAGCUACCUUCUGGAAGGCAUUGCCGUAGAGAAGAAAGAGUGAUGCAACUAUUUCGUACUUUUAAUCUGACACUCUAUCGUAAGAAGGAGAGCCGAAAGCGGAGUCUGCAAUUCCACCUCCCCGUUGCGGUCCCAUGCGGAACGAAUCUGCGAAUUCUUCAAAACGACUCGUCUUACGUUUCAUUUGGAGAUAUUUACGACCAGCACUGCGAGAACAUCGGUGUGACUCGUGAUCACCCCAGUCUCGUCUUACAUGAGAAACUGAAAAUCGCCCGACGUGAAUUUGAGCAGACGAUGGGGAGGAAGGUGGAGAGAAUGGAAGCCAGCGCCCUCAGAAAGGACAUGUUAGACGACGUCAUCACCAAGAUGGUACCCGAAGAUACGAUUACUCGCUACAUGAUCCGCACCAUGAGUAGUCCUUCAGAUUUAUGGCACACGAGAAAGCAGUUUGCGCUCCAGAUUGCUGCAACUAGCUUCAUGACGUAUGUCUUGUGUAUCUCAAGUCGCGUUCCCGGCCGUUUCCACUGGUCUCGAACCACUGGGCAGAUAGCCAUGACAUUCGUGUCUCAGUCGCCUAUUUUUGGAACUACGGAUACAGUGCCGUUCAGGUUAACACCAAACAUGCAACAUUUCAUGGGCCCAAUCCUGAUCGAGGGCGUAUUAACUUCCGCGAUGAUGGCACUAGGACGCUGCCUUACUGAGCCAGAGUUCAACCUCGAGCAACAGUUGUGUUUGUUUGUGCGAGACGAAGUCUUUGCUUGGCAACACAGGCCUCAGAAGGCGUGGAAUGUAGAAAUUUCAGUCCGUAAAAAUGUCGCGGUCACUACAGAGAGCAUAGUCAAGCGUGCCGAAACAAUAGCAUGCCAAUUUGAGAGGGAGCAGGCCAUCAGCAACCCGCAGAAUCUCGGAAGUACCCCCGUGUUGCAUACGGUGACGAAACUUAUAUCCGAGGCCACAAGUCCGAUGAACUUGAUCAAGAUGCCAGAAGCAUACUUGCCUUGGUUUUGA